AUGCUCGAAGCCACGCGCCCGGGUUCAUGUCUCGACGCCGCCGGACAAGCGAUCUCAGUCAUCCACUUGGCCAAUCGUUCACUAUCCCUGGAGCUGCGCGACAAGUCGAACCUCGCGUACGCACAAGGGGUCUCUGCAGUCAAUGUCGCCUUGACAGAUCCUGAUCUAAGGUACAAGGACGAGACCUUGGUUGCCAUCUGGCUCCUCGGGCAAAGAGAGCGCUUCGCACAGAUUGGUCACUUCGAGCCCCAAGACAAUUCAGCUGUCGAAGCGCAUAUCAACGGUGUACUCUUGCUGCUUCAUCUUCGUGGGGAAGAGCAGUUUACUACGUCGCAAGGCCGACACCUCUAUAAGCUGUUUCUCUCCAACCUGCAAUGGCACCCUUUACUCGCAUGCGAAGAACCGUCUGAGCAGUAUCGGCUACUUGAAGCGCAGAUUGGGAAAGCUACACUCAAUAUUCCAGAUGCUUCCGCGCGCGUAAGCAGUUUCUUCCGUGGUGUCACGAAGCUGCGAGCUAGAAUUCGCAAUUGGCUCGUUUCCACGUCUGGCCGACAAUCCGAUGACACACUUAUCGUCUCCUACUUGAAAGCGGGCGAAAGACUGGAACGCAAGGUUGUUGAUUGGUGCGACGAGCCUGGCUGGAGGCCUCUUCCCGUAGCUGAGAAGGAGACGCGAGACGACGAUACAUGGCUCAGUCGGCAGCCUUUCUGCUCGAUCUACUUCGUCGACACAGAGGGCUUCUCGCAGUGGAAUCGAUACUAUGCUGCAAAAAUCUGCUUGUACGCCGCCAUCAUCGAUGCUCUUGUACAUCAUGAGAAGCGGGAUUCCUGCCAAAAGCGGUGCGACUUAUACAACAUCCAAGACAUGAUACACCAGCAUACUCUUGCGCUGCAUGGGAUCAUUUGGAACUACCUUGGGAUGAUGAGCUACGGCUUUGGUGAUAUAGACGAGUCCGGACGAAGUCGAUGGCGGUCCUGCAACAUCGCCGGAGGCAGGAAUCAUCCGGAUGCUUCGAUCAUCAAGGAAGCUGCAAUGAUGGAGGCUCAUCCUCUCCUAUCGUACUUGAGUUCCCUCGGCCGUCUGGCUAUCCGGCAAAAGGAAGCGAUCGACAUGGUUUUGAACCGCCUGCACCAGUCUAUCCAGUACUAG